CUGAAGGAAAAGAAAAACAUGGCCGCAAAAUUCACUAGAGUGUGGAAACCCCAUUUCAGAGAAAAUACGGCGGAAUAACUUUUCCGGCCGUAUUAUCUCCGGCAAUGCCGGCAUGCACUUUGCCGGCAGCCGUCAAGGAGCAGAAGAGUUUCCUGGAAUCUCUUCUGCAGAGACAUGGCGCCGUUCUAUUACGUGGCUUCCAUACUACAGCCACAGCUGAAGACUUCAACGACGUCAUUGAAGCCUUUGGCUAUGAGGAUCUGCCGUAUGUCGGCGGCCCCUCUACUAGGACUGAAGUAGUCGGACGGGUUUACACUGCGAACAACGCCCCGCCUCACCGGAAACUCCAUUUCCAUCAUGAAAUGUCCCAUCUGCCAUCGUAUCCUCGCAAGCUGUUUUUCUUUUGCGAAGAAGUAGCGGCUUUCGGGGGUGAAACCCCUAUACUUCUAAGCCAUAUUGUGUACGGAAAAAUGGAAGAAAAAUACCUAGAAUUUGUCGAAAAAUUAGAGGAAUUGGGAUUGAUAUAUACAAUAUUUGCGGAGGAAGAAGACGAUGAUUCAUCUGCCCUUGGCCGUGGCUGGAAAUCUAUGUUUCAUACGGAAGAUAAGAUUGUGGCUCAACAAAGAGCGGCAAAGUUAAACACAAAGUUGGAAUGGAUGGAGAACGGCGUGAAGAUGAUAAUGGGGCCCACCCCGGGAAUCAAACGGGACGAAACAAGGCCGUGCAAGACAUGGUUCAACUCCAUAGCGGCUGCUUACACCGCGGAGGGUGGCGACCGGAAGGAUUCCGAGAAGAUGGGGGUGAGCUUUGGCGACGGAAGCCCUUUGCCGGAAAAUGUAAUCCAUGACUGUCUGAAAAUCAUGGAAGAGGAAAGCAUUGAUAUUCCAUGGCAAAAAGGAGACCUUUUGAUGAUUGAUAAUCUUGCAGUUCUUCACUCUCGAAAACCAUUCACCCCUCCACGUAGGAUAUUAGCUGCAUUCUGCAAAUAGCUCUUGCAUCUU